AUGGAAGGCUCAUAUCCCAUGCACCCUUCCCAGGCCAUGGGCCAGUCCCCAUUCUUCUACUACAACCCGGAUCCCACGGGAGAGAACGCUCGCCAGCACGGCCAUUUCACUCCUCACCAUCCUCACGGAAAGGCAGCCCAGAACUUCCAACCUCAGACUCCUGAUGCUUUCUGCCCGCCCAACAUGCUCUUCAACAGGCCGUCAUCGUCAAACUCCCACGUUGCGUACCCGCACGCCGUCUACGCCAACCACAUGUUGACUCCCGUUGCAUCGCCGCAGCCAAUGUACCAGAAGCCAACCAUUCUCAUCCAGGAGCAGAACUCACCUUUCUUGCACCCCAUCGACACAGACUUCACGGAUAUGCGAUUCGCACCCGCCACUCCUCCUCUGUCGUCCAACGGUAGCAACAUCAGCAGCCCGCCAUCCACCUGCGACAUCCUGCCCACCCCAGUCAACGGAGCUUUCUUCCAUGGCGAGGGCAUCGAGGGUGUGAAGCAGGGCUGCGAAUCGGAGGUCUUCUCUGAGAUUUUGGCCGCUGGCGCCGACUGGCGAUCAACCUCUCCACCAAUGACCCCAGUGUUCAUCCAGCCACCUUCGGCUAGCCAGGGGUACUUGCUCUCCGCUACUUCGUGCCCCUCGCUCUCCCCAUCACCCUCACCUGUGCCGCGCACCACCGCCACUUUCGCUGAGACAGAGAACAACUUCUGCGAUCCCCGCAAUCUCACCGUCGCAAGCAACGCCUGCCUUCCUACUCUUUGCCCCGGUGACGAGGAGCACAAGCUCGUCCUCAAGGGUGAGACUUUCACUGGUAAGACUGAUAAGAUCGACGUUGCCCAGUCCUUUGACUUCACUGGUCUGCCAACCUUUGAACCCCUUUUUGAGCUUGAUUCAGAGGACGACUUCUCUGGUCUCGUCCAGUUCCCCGCCACCGAGAACGUCCAGUUCCACGGCAGCAAGCGCCAGCGAACUGAUCUCGUCUCCUUCACUUCUGAGGAGGACAUUGUCAGCGACGCCAGCUUCACUGACUUUGAGGACGAAUUCAUCGCCCACGGCUUGCCCCUUGUCUCUGCCGAGCUCGACGCCUCCAUGGCAGCCACUAAGAAGAAGGUCAUGAAGAAGGCAAAGUCGGUUGAGUCCACCGAUGCGGAAUCGGACUUCCAGGGUAAGGCGCAGUCAAGCGAGAAUCACUCCGCGUCCUCAAGCCAACAAAAUUCAGGUGCCGCAUCAGAGGCCGAGAACGUCGAAGCAUCCAGCUCCGAUGACAACAGCAGCCCCGCCGUCGCUCCCACCAGCCGUCGCGGUCGCAAGCAGUCCUUGACUGAGGAUCCCUCCAAGACCUUCGUCUGCAACCUCUGCUCUCGCCGCUUCCGCCGCCAGGAGCACCUCAAGCGUCACUACCGAUCGCUCCACACUCACGACAAGCCCUUUGAGUGCACUGACUGCGGCAAGAAGUUCUCUCGCAGCGACAACUUGUCCCAGCACCAGCGCACUCACGGAACUGGCGCUGUCGUCAUGGGGGUCCUCGACGGCUCUGAGCUUCGCGCCGAUGUCUACGACAGCCAAGAUCCCCAGUACCUGGGCGGCAUCCUCUACAAUGCUGCUGCCAACGUCUCAAGCGCAAGCUCUGACUCCUUCUCCGACUUCGAGGCCAGCCCGGCCUCCAAGAAGAGGAAGCGAAACGAGUAG